GCACAUCGAGAUGCAAUCCAGGUCCCUGCUCUCUCAGCGAUCAAAGCCUUCCUUGUUUAUCCAAUAUCCCCUGUAGCACAGCUUUCGCUGAGAUAUAGGCGUUUUCAAGCUCUGACUGUGCGCGUUGGAGACUUGCAGCUCGGCCCCUUCUGUGUUUUGAGCUACAUAUCCGACCACUCCACAACCAUCCUGAUUUUAGGUUAGGCUCACUUAGCAAGAUUUGCUGGCGAGGUACUUGUGGAAGCUUGUCAAAUCGGCUUCGUCUCUUCCAGGGCCCGGCUGGUAGAUCCUCCGCCGGCAGUGGGAUUCAAGCAAUAUUCCAGAUACACAGAUGUACUCGGUGUAGCGAUAGCGCGUGCGGCGGCAGCGGUCUGAAUGAUGCCAUCACUGAAGAACCUCGGUGGCGGGUUCGGGCGUGUAAGCGUCGGGACCACCCCGUUCCGCAAGUGUGCUCGCGCGGCCGGCCGAAGAGCUGCACCAGGGCUAUGCAGCGCCCACUCGGCUGGCGAAUCUCCACUUCUAUCCAACACGGAGCUUGAGCGGCGACAGACGGGCGCGCAGCGCCAGGUGGUGCCGUCGCGGAGGCAGAGCGGCUCAGGUGGACCAGGUGCUCCGCCGCUGGCACCGUCGCAGCUGACGGCGGCCAUCCACGCCUGCACCAGCACAGCGCAGCUGCUUGCGCUUUACCGCCAGCAUGGCAAGCGGUUCACGCAUGUGCAGGCCAGUGCGGCGCUGCGCCAGCUAGUAAACGUGGCGCCGCUGCCGGCGCCUGAGUCUGAGGAGGACGCGCAGGGCGGUGCCAGCAGCUCUAGCAACAGCGCCCGGAGCCCCGAAGCGCUCGCGGCGCGCCAGGUCACGGGCCGUCUGACUGUGCGCCAGGGCGAGGGUGAGGUGGUUGCGGAGCAGCGGCGGAACAGCAACUACGAGGCGUCCACAUCCGCCGCUGCGCCAGCCCCGGCGCAGCCCCCGUCAAAGGGGAAAGGAAAACGGCCGCUGCUGCAGGACCCGGAGCCAACGACAACAGCAGAUCUUGCCCUUACGGAACAACCAUCGGACGCCAGCACCAUUGGCACGCUGGCUCCGCAGCCCGAUGUUGCUGCGGCACUGCCGGCGGCAGUGCCGCAGCCGCAGCCCAGCCGCCGGCAGAUCACGAGCAUGGCCGCGGGACUGGCGGCGGUGCUGUCGCAUUCCUGCGGCGUCAUGGACGGCCGCGGGGUUGCCACUGCCGCGAACGCCAUGGCUCGUUUGCGCUACGACGACCUUGCGCUUCUAGAGCAGCUGGAGCAGCGCUCGCUGGUGCUGAUGGGUGUGCCCGCAGAGGCGCUGCCAUCCGCAUCCGCUUCGAGCGCACGGCAUGCAGCGGUUGCUGUGGGGCGUCAGCAGCAGCAGGAGCAGCAGCAGCAGACGCGCUGGGCCGUGAAGCCCGACCGGCGGCGGCGCGACCGGGCAAGUCCUGCCGCGGCGUCCGCUUCCGCCGGGGCUGCCUCCAGCUCGGCCGCGGUGAGCGCAGCUGUUGAGGCCAGCCCGGCAGGUGCAGCGGCGGAGGCCGCCGCGCCGUCCGCCGCCGGCCCCAUGACGGCGUCUGAGCUGCUGGCGCUGGUGUCCGCCUUCGGCAGCCUGGGCUACAGACCCAGCCAGACAUGGCUGCUCAGCUUCACGCGCUGCACCGCCCCCCACCUCACCACCUACGCCUCCACGCCCGAGUCGCUGCCCACGCUGCUCAGCAGCCUGGGCAACACCGGCCACCGGCCGCCGCCGGCAUGGCUGCAGUCGGCGUGCGCCGCGGCGGCGCCGCACCUGCCCUCCUACAGCUCGGCGCAGCUGAAGGCGCUGGCGGCGGGCCUGUGCGCGAUGCGGCACCUGCCCGACGACCCCUGGGUGGCGGCCUACCUGGGCGCUAGCGCGCAGCUGCUGCCCGGCUACAGCGCGGCGGAGCUAACAGUGACCAUCAGCUCGCUGGCGGGGCUGGGCUGCCGGCCGGGCGACGAGUGGAUGGAGGGCUUCUACGCCCGCGCCACUGCGGUGGUGGGCACCACCGGCGGGCUCACGGGGCCGCAGGCGGCCUCCAUCCUGGCCUCGCUCUCCAAGCUCAACUGCCGCCCCACCAGCGACUGGCUUAACACGGUGCUGCUGGGCACGCGGCGCAGCCUGUCCGACGCCUCGGCGCAGCAGCUUACGGAGCUUGCUGCCUCGCUCGCGCGCCUGCGCUUCCGCCCGCCGGAGCCAUGGCUUCAGCAAUACUUCAACGCCUCCUUCCAGCGCCUGCCCUUCUACACGCCGGCGCAGGCCUGCACCGCGGCGCAGGCGCUGGCGCGCCUGGGCCGCCGGCCGACGAAGCUGUGGAUGGAGGAGUUUGGGCGGCUGCUGGGCGCCAAGCUGCCGCUGAUGCCUGGCGGGCAGCAGUGCGAGGCGGUGGCGGCGCUGGUGGACCUGGGCUACGUGCCCAGCCCGGCCUGGCUGGCGGGGUAUGAGCAGCACUCCAACGCGCAGCUGGCUUCGUGCACCUCCGACCAGCUGUGCCUUGUGCUGCCGGCGCUAGCCAAAGUCAACUUCCGGCCGCAGGUGUCCUGGCUGUACUCGUUCAUCAUGUCGGCGUACAGCCAGCUGGACGCCUUCAGCUCGCCGCAGCUGGCGCUGGUGUUUGAGUGCCUGCCGGCCCUCACGCCACACGGCUCUUGGCUGGACGAAAUUAUUCAGAUCUGCGCCGCCGAGGCAGCCAUGCGCGGCGCCGGCCCCGUCGGGUCUUCCUCCGCCGCCGCCGUCAGCGCCGCGGAGGUAGCUGAGCCGGACGCCGUCGUGGUGCCGGUGCCGGGCAUUGCAGCCGCCGCGGCAGCGGUGGCGGCGGCGCCCGCUGCUGCCCCUGCGCAGCCCGCGAGCGCAGGGCUCUUCGCCACGGGGCCUCUGUACGGCGACGGGCCUGGCGCCAGCGCCGCGGCGGGCAAUGGUGUCGCCAGCACCGCGGCCGUCGGCCCUAUCGAUGCAAACGUGCCGAUCAACGGCGCCGCCGCGCCGACAGACGCGGCGCUAUCUGCGGCGGCGACGCUGCCCGACACGUCAACGAUCCAGAUCUCGUCUGAGCUGGUGCCGUCCAGUGACGCAGUGACGCUGUCAGCGCCUUACCGUUUCUCCGCCAGCGCCGGCUACGGCAGUGCUGCCAGCGAGGCGGCAGCCAACGCCGCCGCCGCGGCGACGGUUCUGGACCUGACCGACAUGCAGCUAGCGGCCGUGCCGAUCGCGACGCCGGCCGCGGCGGCGGCGGCAGCAGCGGCUGGCGGGCGGGCGGCGGAGGGCAUGAACGGCCGCCGCGAGGGCCGCGGCGGCCGUUCCGACAGCGGCUGGGGCGGCCCGGGCGGGGGCGGCGGCGCGGGCGGCGGCUCGGUUGGGAGGGGCGACCUGUCCUCACCCAGCGCCGACCUGCUCCGCCGACCCGCGCGCGUGCCGCGGCCGGCGGUGGCAGUGCUCGCGUCGUCCAUCGAGGCGGCGGACGCCGUUCCCACCAGCUCUGCCAGCGCCAGCGCCCCAAACCCGGCACCCUCGGUCACCCCUUCCAGUGUGACUGCCGGAAGCGCGAUUUCAUCUCCGUACGCACCGGCGAGUCCCACAGCGUCGUGGUCGGACGCCGACCUGCUGCUGCCUGGCUCGCCGGACCAGCAGCCACAGCUGCUGGCCCAGCCGCGGCCGCCUGCGCAGCUCCUGCAGCGGCCCAGGCUGCGGUCGGCCUUCUCCGCUCUGCCAGCGAGCUCGCCAGCGAUGGAGCCCAUCGUCGCUGCCGGCUCCUCUGCGGCCGCGGCCUCGUCGGCGCGGUUGGAUGCGGUGGCGGCGGCGACCGCCGCGCGUGUUGCGGCGGCGGCGGCAUCACGCCGGCCGCUCACAAGUGCGGCGCCGCUGGGGCUGCAGGCGAUGGACGCCACCGCGGCGGCGGCCAUGGCCGCCGGUUCCGCGGUGGCUGCUGCGCUAGCUGCGGGUGCUGCUGAUGAUGAGGUGCGGGUGCAGUACCUGGACAGUGCCUCCCUCAACCGCCUGAUCGGACCACCCGAUGGCCCGCCUGGCCCGGAUUUCAGCGGCUGCCAGAAGAGGGCCAUGGAGGCGGCGGCACGCAAGGCGCGGCGCGGGACGAACAACCUGUUUAGCUUGGGCCGUGUGUGGACCAACGAGCUGGGCGGGAGCGAUGCCGGCCCAGACAUUGUGGGCGGCACGGGUGGUGGCAUGCCCAGCCCCGUGCCUUCCCCAGUCGGGUAAGGAGCAAAUCGGAAGAAUGUUUGGCUGAUGUGAGCAAAGCCAGGCUGUUGAUUGUGUUGAGGACCACGUGCAGCGGCGCGAUUGUUUUUAUAUCAAGAGUGAGCAUGUGCGGUUAAGGUUUUUGUCACACUGGGCGGUGCGGCGCUUUGCACGGACAGGUGGUGAUGCGCAUGCGUCUUCGGGUUGCGUCUUCCAUGCAUGAAUAAGGCGCUGCUCAAAUCGAGCAGAGUGUCAGGCCUAAACGCAUACCGAAUGCCCAUCCCCUAAACGUUUGCCGCCGCCACACGGAAUACUUUUGAGAAGAGAGAAGAGUGUGCAGGGUGUGAGAGCACCAGGGUGUGUGCCGUGUUCAUUGAUAGAUGUCAGAGUAAAUCAAGGUUAAUUUACAGUUAUGAUAGCGGUUUUGAGGUCAGCAGUUCAAGCGCGCAAGCACGCAGACCUUCCUUGUCUACAGAGAGCUUGAUGGAGUACAUGUGCGCUGGACGGCGUGGAGGUGCACAGCAGCAGAGAAAGAAACCCUUGAGGCGUAUAGGAGGGUGUGAUUGUACCGCAUGUAGCUUCAAUUUUGCUGUUGUGCACGAGCGGUGGCCAAGCUCAAUCGGCGGGUAGAAUUGUCCGCUGGCGAGGGUGGGCUGUAACUUCAAUGCAUC